AAAAGGAGGAGCGUAAUGUCUACAUCGCGCAACUUUUUCGCCGUACUUGAUGAUGACGUUAGUGGUGAUAUUUUGGAAGAGGAGAUGAAUACCUAUGUUGAGGAUCAGGUGGAACUGGAGGGUAAAGAAGAUCCUCCAACAAUAAUAAAGGAAGGUGUAGGAACAUGUCGCAAAGACAAGCCUGAGAAAAAGAAAAAGAAAAAAUCUGUCAAGAAGUCUUUACAGGAAUUUCAAGGAGAACCAAGUAUAAAUGGCAACAUCAGAAACGAAGACUCUGACAGCAGUGGAGAAAGAGGUAUUGAUCUACGUGUGGAGCCAGCAAUUAAAGACUGGGCAAGAAUACCAAGACAUCUAAAAAAAGAACAUCAGAUGCUUCACAAAUUUUCUUGUAAGCUCAAGAACGGCAUGAGGGUCUUGGAAGCUUCGCUUUGUGUUACAAAGAAUUACAAUAGCCACCGGUUGUAUGGGAGCCACCUGUGAAAACAAAAGGGAGCUUCCAAGUAAC